CUUCAAGCAGAAGCACACACACAAAAACAAGGUCAGCAACUUGUUACUCUCAUUGUUGUGAUAUUUGUGAGGUGGCGGCGAGCGUUAUGAGGCGUCCACGCAGCACGUGUUAAAGAGUGAAAAAAUAAAACUAAUGUGUCUUAUUUCAGCAUGAUCUUUUCUGGCUGUGGACUCUUCUGAGGGUGGGGGGGUCAGAGCAGAACGGGCUCCUUCAAAUGUGUUUAUGGAGUCGAGUUUGUUCACUGCUACAACACAGGAACUUUCUUCUCAGCGCUGACACUGUGUCGGCUUAUUUUUAGAGACAGUAAGAAGGAGACUUUCACAGGGUGAACUUGUUAAAGUCUGUUUGCCGCAGCUCACAGUCAUGUAAUGACUUUCCUCCUCUUGCUUCAAUGCUACUUUUCCACUGUGUCCAAUGUGAUGCCGUAUAAGGAGAGCCGAGUUCACUCUUGAUGAGUAAGAACAGCAGAAUUUACGUUCAUUAUUACCUCGACAGGGACGCUGAUGCAUUUCUGGAGCACUAACGUUACGCUGUUACUAACUCGAUGAAGGUGUGAAUGCUGUGUGGUCAUACUGCUGUGAUUUUGGCUGAAACUGACAGAUUUUCAUGCUGCCAUUUUAACACCCUGCAUGCACAUGACUUGAAGGUAGAAGUUUCCUUGCUUGCCCUUGACAUGUACACACUUCAUUUGGAAAUAUCUUAUUCAACAUUAAAUUUAAACUACAUGUGAAAAGUUGAAUUUCUUAGAUUCCUGAAAUUGUGGUGUAGGUGUUUGCUCAGAGGCGAUAAAGCUCUUUUUUCUCUAAUUUAGACUGAAGAGGUGAAGGUUUGAUACCUGCAUCUGAUGCAUGUGAGCACCUGAGUGCUUUUCAGCAAACUGCUAGGUGGCCAUGUUCCCCUGUUUGGUGUUUACACAGAUUCAAAUGUGUACUUAAAACCAAAAGUUUACAACAGAGCGUUUGUUUGUUCUUAAACAACCUUUUUCCUCUAAUGUGAGUUAUAUCUGUACAUGAAUUAUACUUUAACGAUUCAAAAGUAUUUAAUCAUUUAAUGAUUCGCUUUUUAAACUUUCAGAGUGGAACAUUUCAUAUUAUCCUGUGUCAAAUUGUUAAAUUUCAUUUAUUGUGCAACCACCUCAAACAGAAAAAAUAAACCUUUCCUCCUCCAGUUUAAGCAGUUUCUACUAAACAGUCAGUAAAACUUGAUUUACGGGAUAUAAAACUAUUUUAAAAACCUGGUGUAUGCUGCAUAUUCUUGUGUCUUAACGUAAGACUGCAGGGGCGGGCAAAGGCGCUAUAUGUGUCUGUACAUUAUUUGUGUCCGUAAUUAAAUAAAAAUACAGAAGUGUGUGCAACAUAUCCUGUAAGUGUUUUUUCAAACCGUCUUAAUUCAGCCUUUGUUAGCAAAACUCCUUAUAAGCUAAUAUUUCCAGGUGAAUUUGUUUCCAAAGUAGCCAAAAUAGUUUCAGAUAUUAACACGCCAAAACUUUGACCUGAAUUACUUGCUAUUCAAAAUUGCAGAUGAGUGUUAAGUGUAGUAAUUUAAAUGUCUUUAUUCAAGAAACUCAUAAAGUAUUUUUUUUAUUUCAUUGGCAGUUGGUUGAAGUUUACAGACGCAUCCAGACCUGAGCUGCAAAUUCAGAGUCUACAUAGUUAUUAUUUUUUUUUUAAAAUAACAAUAAAUGAUUAAUUACUUAUAAAAAAUAAACUUAGAUGUGGAGACCUGGUGCAUUAAUUGAGGAUAUCUUUAUGAUCCCUAAGGGGCAAUUUGCUUCACAGCCAGCAGUACCACACAAACAAUUCUCUCAUAAAAGAAUAAAAUUGAAGUUCAGACACAUACUGUAGAAAAUGCCUCUGGCUGAGUGUCUCUGCUGUAUACAACUCCUUUAUCCAGUUGGUUUGCUUUGAAACAGACUCUGAACUUAAAACACUGUCCCAGCUGCUCAAUAUACGAGACCAAACGUGGUUAAAUCAUUCUUAACAGAAAAUUAAUUGAGCACGCGCUUCACAAAUCCUGAUUUACAUCCCUAGUCCAAAAUUAUGAUGGAUAACUGAUGAGUGAAAAUUUACACCAUCUGCACUGGGCUGUGUUGUUUCUGUGUUUUUACCUUUUUUCAGCUUGUAAGCUUGUUAACAAGAUGGACAGUGAUAUGAAAGUAAAGUUCUGUGUUUUCCCCGGAGGAUGUGUUUUGUUUUUGCUAACAAGAGGGAGGGCUUCAUGUCAUGUCUGUUGUCACCACAAUCCUGCUGGAACACAGCAGGACAGCUGCUUCAUUCACCCUUCAGACAUAAAGGGUUUAAGAUUCAAUUCAUCUGUGGUUCAUCUGCGGUGCAUCUGCGUGACUUCACCAUCACGGAGUUUCUCGAAAAAGAUAAUUGGUUACGGCUUGAACAUGAUGAGUGUUUUUGAACCUCUGAGGUACCACAAAGUGUCUUAGAAUAGAUAGCAGACUACGAUUCAGUCUGCUGAGUGUUUCUUUCUGUGUGUUUGCUGUCACAUAACAUCUCAGAAUAGAUAAUUGAUUGUGCUUCUACUAUGUUAAGUGCUUUUAUAUCGCUUUCCUUCAGAUUGAAAGAGGAAGAUCAAACAGCACAUUCAGUUUUAUGUGUUACAGGAAGAAGUUUUCUUCAGUUUUGACUUUUUAUUUGUGGACAGCACAGUUAGCAAGAAACCAACACUUUACAAUCCAAGUCAUUUGGACUCACGACAGUUUCACCACCCAUGGAAGGAAUGGGAGUCGAAACCUGAUUCUCUCAGGAAUCUCGUUCUUCAUUUUCAAAACCUAAGGGUCGACAGGGUUUGAGCGUCUGUGAAGCGUUUGAGUGUUUGUUGGUCCUGUGAAGAAACACUGACUAUCUCAGGUCACCUAAAUCAAACCAAUAUGCACAAAUGGUUAAGAUAUCUCGGUGAAGAGAUGGCUACAUUUUACCAAAAAAGGCAGUGAAAUUUUAACCAAAAUCACAUUUCCUGUGUCAUUUUUUAAGGACUAUUCUUCUGCUUCUCCAAAAGCUCAUUAACAAUUCCCCUCUGAGUCAUGGACGGAGACGGAGCUGCUCUACAUACUCCUCUUCAUGCUAGCUUGCAGCCUAACAUUGCUGGUGUAGUAGAAGUGGCAGGUACCUUAGGUGCUAUUCAGCUCUCGAACACUAAUGUCUUCAGGGGCAUGAUGAAAGCUAAUAUCAUAAUUAGCUUUAUUACGAGCAUUGCAAUCCACUAACGCACAAGCUUGUUCCGCAAUUGUCCUCUCUAUUUCUCCAAGUUUGGCCUGCAUAGCAGGUCUCCGGGGGCAGAGCUUGGAGUUGUGACAUCGGAAAUCUCACUGUGUCUGAACCUGCCUUUUGGCUCUGUCAGAGAUUCACAGCAUUUGGAAUGCAGAAGUACUCAGAGCUGCAAUUUUGCGCUAAAUUUUCUCAUGAUACGUCCUGUUCUCAUUCAUCCAGGUCAUGGUUUUCUUGAAGACUCCAAAAACAGGCAACUGAACUGUGUGACUGUGUACACAGUCCAGUUGCCUGUUUUUGGAGUCUUCAAGAAAAUAUAUGUCCUGUAGCAUCAGAAAAAUGCUAUAUGAACAUCUAGACAACAAGAAAAAAACAUGAUUUUCAUUGGAGUGGGUCUUUAAUUGCAAGAGGACAGGACACAUCAGUAUAAAACUAAAACUGAGGGCAGUAUUUUCUAUGUAGCUGGUCACUCAUCCUCCUUCACUUCACACCAGGCGCUGUAAGCGAGCCCAAACUUUGUGUCAAGUUCCAUCAGUUACACACAUCUUAACUUGAACUCUGUGUCGACAGCGGCAGGAUUAAAGCUAGUUAGCUAACCAAACACAGUAAUUAAAUAAUACUAUGAUGUGUUGGUUGGGUCAGUAAAAAGUCUACCAGGUGUCACUUUACUGUUCAAACGAUUCCCCCCUCAAAUGAACUAUUUUACCUGGUGGUUGCAUGCAUGCCAUACAUGUCAUUGUGCUAGCAUAAACAGUAAAUGCACUCAGCUAACCAGCAUUUCUGCGCCUGCCUGGUUAAAUUUGGUGCCAUGACAUCUGCUUAUUUGUGCACCUGCCAAAUCUCUAAAUGAAUAUCUAUGCCUUACACUGCAACUUCUUCUUUCUCUUCAUUUCUGUCUGUUUUCUAGGAAGCAUCAUUUCACUCACCACUGGCUUCUACCUCAGACUCUCAGUGGCUGCACUUUUCUCCACUAAUUUUCGGUUAUUUUCCUUUUUUUCAUUAUGACUAGUUUGGCAGUUUUGCAUCUGUCAUCAAAGCCGCCAUUUCCUCUCAGGCUUUUUCACAAGAAGAGGCUGAUUUUUCACUCUUCCUGCUAAAAUUUCAAAGGACGUUUUAUGUGAAAUUGCUAACACCAAAGAGACUUUCUGGGUUCAAAUUUUCCUCCCUUUUCUAUUGAGGUUUUUGGACUCAUUACACCAAUUUGUCGUUUUUUCCGUUUGUUUUUCUACCUCUGCCUGGCUUUUCCUCUUCCUGACUGUCAGAUACACAUUUAUUUGACCUUAUAACACAGGCACAAAUUGAAAAGAACACUUUUACUGGUUUUUCACUAAAUUUACUCUCCCUGUCUGGGAGAAAGUUUGAGGCAACUGGGACACCAAACUAAAUUUCUCUUGGCUGUCUGAGUCGUUUUCUUCACUGCCACAAAAUGUGGUCUACCUUUUUGGUGACUGAUGAGGAGGGCCGCACGGUGAGUCCUGCGGCCACAGGAACUGUGGGAGCACCCGUACCUAUACCACCACCCCAGGGUCCGGUGGCCCUGUCAAGCCUGAUGUCAGGACGCAGUACCUUUGGAGGGAACAAGCGCCGCAGGACAACAUCAACAGGACACGCCAUGAGUGAGGCACAGGAAGGAAAGGUAGCAGGUUUUCAUAUUGUUGGUACAUGAUUGCCAACUGUUGACUGAUGUCAUGUUGAUGCCAGAUGUUGCUGUGAUGGCUCUGGAUGCAGUGGCGCUGUCUUGCCUAUAUUUAAUGUUGCAGUGACGUGGGACAGGUCCCGUUGUAGGUACCAGAUGUGUUCAGGCUGCCAGAUCAGCUCAGGCCCCAGCGCCCGUUGAAGACGUCAAACCAUGGCAAGUCCACUCGGGCAAACUACACUGCGCUCCAUUAAGUCAAAGGUUCUCAGUUAAAAGCCCCUGGUGGUUUUUUUUUUACCAUUUGUUCGUUCAAUUGACCUCGAAGUUUUCCCUCCAUAUAAUACAGAGAAUUACAACUUACUGUACUGUCAUUUUUAGAUGGCUUUAAUUGUAUAUGUUAACUUUUCUAAAGGACAAAGAAAAAAUAAUGUACGCAGGAUCUCAGUUUAUCCAUAGAUAGUUUUGCUUUUAUUCCACAUUUCCUUUGGCAACCUAAAAGAGGUGGUAGUCCGGCUGCUGUAAAUCCCCUUUAAUAAGUAGCAAUGGAUUGCUUUGUAUAAUUCGUGCAUGUUUUCUCCGAAGAACUACAAUCCGGUCAAACCGAAUCCAAUGAACACCGCUUCUGUAAUGUCCGUACCAACCACAAUCUUCUACGUUAUCCGAACCAACUUCCAGCCAAUCAUAUAGCGUGAUGUUAUCAAUAGGCACCAGGCCCUGACCUGAUCUGGCAGCUUGAACACGCCUGGUACCUACACUGUCAGUCAGUUGUUGGGCAGCUGUGGCUCAGUGGUAGAGUCAGGAGUUCAAUUCCAGAUCCAGCAGUCCACAUGCCAAAGUGUUCUUGGGUAAGGCACUUGGCUCCAGGUCACUCCUUGCUGACUGCUCAUAAUGAUUGGUUAAUUAGUUAACACUGAUGGUACUUUAAAUAGCAGCUUCUGCCAUCAGUGUGUGUGAAUGUGGAGUAAAUGGGUGAAUGUGACAUGUAAUGCCAAAUGCGAUGAGUGGUCAGAAGACUAGAGAAAGCAAAUAUAGUCCACAAACGCAGUCCGUCCAUCUGAUCAGGGUGGUGGUUAAAAUUUUCACAUGAGGUGACAUCAUUGUGCUUGAAUUACAGAAGUUCAUACCAUUCAGCCAAAGAGGAGGGGGCUCCAGACAAAUGUCAUGCCCAGUAUGUGGGAGGACCAAUAUAGGUUCUCUGCAGGAGGUGAAACAGUGGACCAGAUAUUUACUCUGGCGUGGUUCCUGGAACGUAUGGGGAGUAUGAAGUAUCACCAUUUACCCAAAGUGAGAGAUGUAUCAUGUAUACACCUAGUACAGAGUCAAAGUUUGGGGUUGGUAUUGGGCCUUAAGGGGGUUGUUUGUACCUCGUUACAGUACAGAGGAUUGUCCGGUUUUGGGACCUUGGAGUAGCAUAUCUGAUUUUGGCUGAAUUGCCUCUCUAGGUCUAACUAAUCUGUCACAGUGAUGACUCAGUUUGCAACCAGUGCAGCCAAUGAAAGCCAGCACCUCCAAGUCAGAGGCCAUGCAUCCUUCAUAGUAAAUAGAGUAUUGCUUCCUCUAUGUUGGGUUUUCAGCCAGGACGAUCAAAGUAUCUUACCCUGGCUCACAGGUAAACUCUUAAUUAUUGUUCUGUAAGCAACGAUGCAGACAAUAUUUUAAACUUACCUGUUUAUCUGCAUCCCAACCUUGACCUUUGGCACAUCUAGCUGGAAGAAGACCUAAAACUUGAUGGUCAAAUGAUACAUCUUAAAUGGUCUGUGAAUGCCUCAGGGUUCCCAAAGGAGAACUACAACAUACUGCUGGGAAGACUAUCCGGACUAACUAGCUGUAAGUGUGAUCUAACCUCAGAGGAGAGAAAAGAAGAAAUGGAAAGGGUCAUGUGCAGCUCUUGGACAUUUUUAAGUAAGAUAUUUUAUGCUGUAGUGAUAUAGUUGUAAACCUCACCUGCUUAGAUGGCAGGCUUUUGCUUUUCAUGACUCACCAACAUGCAACUGCACUUGAACAAAUUGUUUACGAGACCUUCACGACAAAUCUCAAUCCCUCACUCCAAAUUCCUGCCUAAAAACAAGUCUCUGGAGAGCCUUUCAGAGAAGUCAGGACCAGACAAAAGGUCCUUGCUUUCAAAAAGCAUUCUCACUUUGAACAUCUCCACACAAAGGUUGAAGCACAACAGCCCACCCACGGAUCUCAAGAGCUCUUUGGAGAGUCGAUAUGUUAUCCGUUGAAGACAUUACAAAAAGGCAGAGAUUGUUCUUACCCUUUGGCGCUGUUAUGUCCACUAACCAUCACUACACAUCUUUUUUCUUGGCAUCUCUUAACUAUCAGGUUCUUGUGGUAUAGUUGAGAUGGUGUGUUACAUAACACUUUAUGGACUCCAUCUGAUGCACAAGACCAACAAUCUUAGGCCUUGUUUUUGGUUGCAACAAUGCUUUUCAUUGUAAUAGUAUGGAUAUGACUAUGAAAUGACAUGUACUUAAGCAGUGGUAUUUACGUUGCAGGUUAAAGGUUAAGUGCAGCCAGACAAAAUCUUUACAUACAUCGAAAUGCACAUAGCAAUGUAAUGUACUAUCAGCUUAAUAACAGUAUUUAUUUCUAUGUGAAUGUAGAAUUGCUUCUACCAGAUCUGCACAAGCCUCGGUGACUUGAUAUUACCCAACUUGGAUUUGACUUAAACUGAAAGUACAAGAAGGAAGCCUGCCAAAAAAGGAUUCCCUACACUUCAGUAAUGAAAAUAAAACACAUUAAAGUGCCUGUAAGGAACUACGGUUUUGGAAAUAUCAGGCAUCAAAAAGAUGUCCAUUAUGGUCUUGUUUACUUUUUCAGCUGACAAAGAGGUACUAGACAUAAUUCCUGUCCGUUUCAACACCAGGUGAAACCCCUCACAGGAGCUUUAAGUCACUUUAGACUCUGAAUUGUUUUGUACUGUGUUCUAUCACCAGAUCAAGUUGGCAUUCUUUGUUGCCAUCGUUGGCGUAGUCCUGACCGUCCUCGGAGUUGGGACAGAGUUUUGGGUGGAGCUUUCACCUCCUAAGAGUUUCUAUAACAACCAGGUAAAACACUAGAAUUAGCAUUAAACAAACAUUUUUUUCAUGAUUUUUUGUAACACUCUCCAUAUUUUCAAACAUCCAAAACUGAGACUUUUAAGUAGUGCAUGUUAAUGUUGGCAUACAGUAUGUUUUCUCAUAUGCUCUCUGAUUAGACAUUGUAAUUAUGAUGGCAGAUUCUUAGUUUAAAACAUAUCGCUCUUACUGAGCUCCAGUAUAGACCAGGACUGCUGCAGUAAACCAGUAUGGAUGAUAAAUGCCUUUUUGAAAAACUAAACAUUAAUUUUGUGCCACUAAUAAGCAAACAGUAACACAGUGAGUAAAUAGAAGUGGUUCUUUCUGCUGCAGCUUAAAAUAAAGAUAAAAAAUAAAAUAGGAAACUGCUAGCUAGUUAGCUUUAGCAACCGUCUGAGAGGAAAUUCAGCACAUUUAAAAACUAACAUUUAAAGAUUUAUUGUAAAUCCAAAAAGCAAUAGAGUUUUGAUUGACUGUAAAAAGCCACCUCAGUGCAAGACAGGAAAGAUGUCAAAAUAAAAGCACAAUAUUUUAUGUGUGUCGAAGAAGUUUAUGAAGGAAUGUGUUGCUACUCCCAUCUUGUCCUGCCUGGCUGAUUAUUCGGGUGGAAGAAAAAAAUUGAUUCACACAAAUAUCGCAAUUUUUUGUUUUUUGUUAAAUCGAUUUUUUAGUUCAAAAAUCCAAAAAAUCAUAGAAAAAUCGCAUCAGGAGAAAAGCAUAUCGUUCCAGCCUUCCUGAUUAUAGUUAAAAUCUGAUAUUGAUACCAAAUCAAAAGCCGUUUCCUCUAUUUAUCAGGUCCUUAAUCUGGCCUUGAAUCGUUUCGCGUUAGAAAAGACUUAAACUCAGCAAAGUCAAGUCAGCUGAUGGCAUACAGCUCAAGUAUGUGUGUCUUUCAGUAUCAGGUUACCUGCCAGUAGGUGGAUCAAAAUGUGAAAAAGCUUCAAAGCAAACAAGAAAAAAUAUUUGACUACUUUUUAAAACAGUAAUUAAAACUGGGAUAUUUGUGGUGUUUUCACUUUGAGGGACUCUAACACUCGAACUGGAGCUGGAACUGUCUGGAUACUAGGAAGCCAGGAGACAGACUUUAUUCAUAAUCUGUUUUCACUGACACACAGACACACUCAGGAAGUUUCAAUCUGUCCGGGAAUGAUUUUUGAAGCACAAAACACACAAGAACAAAACAAGCAAGUCUUUGGACAAAUAAUCACAGUUUCUCAUCCGAAGUUAAACCUUGUGACAGACUGGACAAGAAUAUUGCUGUUCAUUUCACACUCAAAGAAAAACUCCCUUUUUUGUGGCUCCUCGCAGACAUGUCUUACAGCGCACUACGGCCUGUGGAAGGGCUGCACCAAGACCUUGUGGGUGGCUGAUAUCGACCCCGAGAGAGAGAGCUGUGGACCUGCUGAACUACCCGGAGGUGAGUCAUGGAUGUUUUACUGGCUGGUUGGCCGGAUGGCUGUCUAACCUUGAUGCUGCCUGACGGCCCUGUAUGAGGGAGAGAGAAUGAUUGACAAGCCUUUUCGGCUGGCUGGACGUUUGAUAGAGCACUUGAGCUUGUUGGAUGGCUCAGUUUGGAGCAGGGAGUUGGCAUGAAUGAGUGGUCUACCUGAUUUCCUGGCCAGACAAAUGAUGCUUGGCGUGCUGUUUGAUGGCUGGCUGGAUGAAUGCUCUGGCUGACUAACUGCCUGAGUCAUUGUUACAUAGUCUGAGUGAAAAAGCUGCUUUUGGGUCAAGCUGUAUCUUUUGUAUGGUUGAAGUCCUCUGCUUUUGCGAAACAGUGCCUGGUUUCCUGGUUCUAGGUAUUUUUAACUUACAUUCGGCAAAAUUUUUAUUUUUUAUUUUUUCAAUUCAAAAUUUAAGAUUAAAUUAGAGGCGUAAUUUGGUUAGAGGAGGCCAAAAAGUCAGUACACAAAGCAGAUUUUAAACUCUGGUGUUUUCAUAACCAAAAAAACAAAUGCCAUGCCCAGGACAAAAUGUACCGCCUUGAAAAAUUGAGAAUUUAACUUAUUAUGAGGAAAAUAAAGAUGAAUAUGGUGCAGAGGAUUUUAACAUGCAGUGCAAGCAUCACUGUGAUUUUACCAAUUGACACACUCACCACUUCUGUGGCCAGCAACCAUGUUGUGCACAAAGCAAAUGAGCUUGCGCGUUAUCCCGUGGAGGAUGUGUUGGUUUUGAAAUGAGGUGUGGUUGAGUGCCAAUGUUGAGGAAGCAGACCUGCAAUGACCUAAAUUUGAAGUCCAUAGGAUAGUGGUUUACUGGUUUUAAGAGUGUGCACUACAAAGACAUCUUAUACUGCGUUCCAGUUACCUCGGAGUUUGAAUGUCGAAGCUGGGAAUGACGUUACACUCGAGUUGACAGCGUUCCAGUAAACAAGUCAGAAAACCAACAUGGACGCCUACUGUUAGCCGUUGGCAGCUGUUGUUAGCCGUUGUUAGCUGUUGUUAACAAUUGUCAACUGUCGUUAGCCGUUGUUAGCUGUUGUAAGCCAUUGUCAGCUGUUGUUAGUUGUUGUUAGCUAUACCAGUUGUAAACAUAACACAGUAUUUCACUCUUACAAAUACCAUAGCACCGUGUUCACAGUUAGACGUUGGGCAGCACAACAUAUACCACUUACUUCAUCUCACAAGCUGCAGUCGCAGGUCGCGGCUGGUCGCAGGUGACGUCAUCCAUGUCACUAGCUCAGUUUUCAGUUCAUCAGUGCUGCCGCAUAUCUGUACAUCCGCAGUAGACGCCGCCGGCGUUUAUGGGUGCAUGAAACCAUCCGGAGGAGGACGGAGCUGGGUGAAUUUCACCGCUUGCUCCAGGAACUCCGCCUGGACGACGGCCGCUUCCAGCGGUACUUCCGUGUGUCGACGGUGCAGUUCGAGGACCUCCUCGCCCGGGUGGGAAGCAGCAUCUCCCGCCUGGACACGAAAUACAGGCGCUCCGAAACUGAGAUGCUUCUUCUUUGGCGUUGCGGUCCCGGUACAGCCCGCAACCCACGUCGUAUAGCACCGGGUGGUAGCUAACGGAUGUGAUUAACUGCUCCUCCAUUGUGAUUCUUCUUCUCCUCUUCCUUGUUUCGCCGGUUUGUUGACGUCAGCAGAGCCCUGAUUGGCUGUCGCGGCACGGAGUCGCUCCCAAAGUUCAAAUAUUUGAACUUUGGGAGCGACGCGACUUGGCGUCCUGCGACCUCGGCGACGCGACCUCGGCGACGCGACCUCGGCGACGCGCCUUGGCGACCCGUCGCGCCCGGUCGCGCAUGGUCGCGUCGCAGGAAGCCGGCGGUCGCCAAGUCGCGUCAGGUCGCGGCUGGCCAUAGACUUUGCAUUGGGAGCCGUCGCCAAGUCGCGUCAGGUCGCGUUUGGUCUGAACGCGGCUUUACAAACACCAAAGCACCGUGUUCACAGUUAGACGUUGGGCAGCACAACAUAUACCACUUACUUCAUCUCACAAGAACAAAACAGAAGUGCUAAUAAAUAAAACAUUAUGAGAGCUUUCUCUGUUACUCUUUACUGUUGAUACACUGCACUGCCAUCUUGGAUUAUGACGUUGUCGUCAAGUCCGGGUUGGUGAGGAUCAUCGGACUGUCCGAGUUGGAAAUCCGACUUUAGGGGGGUGUUCCAGAUGAAUUUCCAACUCGGAGCUGGCAAAUUUCGACUUCUGAGUACAACUGGAACGCAACAUUAGUACACCAGCAGAUGCUUCAUGACCGUCACCAAGCUCUCCAUCAUGCACACCCUCAGAUAUGUGCAGAAACAUACACAAACAAGCUCACACUCAACAAAAGUAAGUCUAACUAUCACUAGUCCAGCCUCUCUAUGCCUUAAGCUUCACUUAGCGUCCAGAUUUUGUGCUGCUUAUCUACCAAAAAGGAGUGGAUGGACCCUGAUCCACUUUGUGCCAGGUGCUAAAGAACAUGCAUUUUAGAUCGGUUAGAUAGAGCCUAAAACUUUUACUUUAGUCCAGUGCUCUGAGUAUCCAGUUGUAGUCUCAACCCUUUUUAUAUGUUUUAGGUUUCUUGUUACGGGCGAAAUGGAAACAGCUAAUGGAUAUAGUGCAGCAGCUGUGGGUUGAAAAUUACAUUUGGCUGUCUAAGUGGACUGCUUUUGAUGGAGUGUGGCAAGAGAUUAUUAAAGCUAUUUGCAGUUUUGCUCCCCUGUUGCAUGACUCACCUGUAUGAAUUCCCUUUUUUUUUGAAGAAUGACUCACAUAGAAAGCAAAACAGAGAGACAGACUGAGAAAAGUCCACCAGGAGCUCUGUGUGUGUUCAUCAUCAGUGCCAGACAGGAUGCUUGUUUGAUUUUCAUCAAAAAAAAAAAAAAAAAGGAAUUAUCUCUGGCUAAGUGCUGGUAGAGAGGUUCAUGGAGCUGGAGUGUUGCAGUGUGGCCUGAGACCUUUUAGGGUCCCACAUGAUGGUAAUUUUAGCUGUUUACAACAUGUCCUGGUUGUCUUUUGUGGAAGGUUUUGAAUUCAGUUGCAAGGCGUAUCACACGCCCAGCCUCUAAGGAGGAUCUGCAGCCCUUCUCUUUCUAAUGUCAUUAUCCAAGCAGUGAUCUAGGUCAUCUGGGAUGCAAUGAUAAUGAGGUGCUGCACUGAUUGGCUGCUUGUCAGGUACAGAUAAGUGCAGAGGCAGAAAAACACCAAGAGGACUCCAGGAGAACUAUAAAUUACAGCUCUAGAGGAAGUAGAAGUGUAGAAUUGUUUGAAGAGCGUGAGUUAAAGUGGAUUUGCAUGCAUGCCUUUGCAAAUCACUCCUGCUCUUAUGUCACCAUUUACAGCGUUGUGUAGUAGUUGUUUUCUCAGUGUGUCUGCUACAGAAAUAAUGCAGAUGUACAUUAUUUUUUUGUUAUCGCAGUCAGUAAACAUGUUUAGUUUAGCUGUGAUGUUGACCAUCUUUAUAAGGGGCUUCAUGGGGAUUGUGUCACUUUUGGAGUCAACCUCGAGUGGAGAUUUAAGGAACUGCAGUUUUCCUGUAAGAGUUUAACUUCAGUGUUUUAAAGCUUACAAAAUGCUGUUUCUGCUGCUUAAAUGUGCAUAAAUAUUUCUUAGUGAUGUUAGGCUGAAAGGGUGUCUAUAGGAAUUAACUCACUAUUGGAGCCAGCCUCAAGUGGCCAUUUGAGGAACUGCAGUUUUUGCAUCAACUUCAAUUGGUUGCUGCUUGAUCAUGAUUGAUUUUCUCAAUUAUCUACAUAAAUAUGCUAAUUGGACAUCUAUUUGUGUUACAGCAUAUAGUUGGGCUGGGCGAUAUGGCCUAAAAUCAAUAUCACAAUAUAUUGAGCAGUUCACUUCGAUAACGACAAAUGGAUGAUAACUGUAGUAAGUAGGAUGCCUGUGAUGCGCUCUCCUUGCUGGGUGUUUUGUAUUCAUGGGAGUUGAAAGUCCAAUUAUUAUCUGACUGACCAGCUACAAAGACCUGUUUCUGUUAAUGGGAUCUGUGUGCAGCUCUUCAGCAGAAUCAGAGAUUUAACCUUGAUAACUGUUGCGGUGGAAAAGCCCGGCUUGAACAGUGUGAGGAUUUGCCUUUGAUCGCUCUAAUUAAGAGUGAUGUGUCUGCCUGUUUGGCUUGCUUGUGUGGGGAAAAGAUAGAGGUGUCACAUUCUGUUUUACGGCCAAACUCUAAUCACUCUAACACAUUAUCAGGACUGCAGAAGACUAAUUGUGGGGGAAGCAUCGGAUUGUCACCUUGAGCUUGUCAUUGACGUUCACGGCUGAUUAUGUCUGAUGGAGAAUUAUCUGAGCUAAAGCGUAAAGGACGGAGAGAGAUGUUGCUCCUUGAAUUUCAAUAAGACGUUCAUUAAGACUGUCCACAGCUGCAGCAGGUUAUUUGUCCGUGUGUAUGUUCCUCCUGUUUACAGUUUCUCUCCCUGCGUGUUUUCCUCCUGCAGAAUCGAACUGCACCUACUUCAAGUUUUUCACCACAGGGGAAAACACAAUGUUGUUCCAGAAGACAACGAAAAAGAGUGAGUCACGCACUUCUCUCUGCUCUCUUGGCCUUUCAGUCUCACCUUAUCCACCCACUCUGCCUUUCCCUUUCUAUCCACUUCUUCCUCUCACCCUCCUCACCCCUUCCUCUGUCUCUCUUCAUCCCUCAGUCCUCUGUCUAUCUUCUGUCCCCUGCUUUAAUUCUCUUCCUCUCCAUCUCCCCUCACCUCCUGGCAGCGCUCUUUCAGGUUGGCCAUUGUCUGCUUUGUGAGUGUUUUGAAAUCUAUUCCUCCCACGCUGCGUUCAAGUGUCUCCAAGCUGCAGCCUAACCUCUCAUUUCCCUGGCAGCUUCAUAAUGUAUUAAGAUCACAGAGAGCGGCACACUGAAUGAGAAGCGACAGAUGUACGUUAAAAUCUCCUUGUUAGCUGGUGUCAAAUCACCGUCACGCCGUUGGCAUCAAUGUAGGGAUUCAACAAAACACAGCCAUGAGUGUGACAAAUACAGCCCAGUGGUGACAAACCCUGCUUCAUUAUUCUGUGAGCAUAAAUUAGAGAGAGCCAUGCAACAAAAACGGAUUCCUGUUUUUUUGUGAAGAAUAAUUUUUAAACAUCCUAAGGAAACCAAAUUUCAUUUUCAUUCAUACAUCUAACAUGUCAUUGUUCAGGACUGUCCUCCUCUUAUUUUGCACAGAGUCCUCUUGUUAUUCUGAUUCUGCUUUUUCAUUUUUAAUAGGAACUUGAAACAACCAAUAAGCCUCUAUUAACAAUUUUGGGUUGACAAUUCGGGCUGAAACACAGGAAAUGAUUUUUUUAAUCUAUAAUGCAACUGUUUCAAUGCGAUCAGGGCAGGGUUAUGCAUACGUUUGCAAAUUUGGGGCACAGAUAAUUUAAUGGACAGAUGUGCGUAUUUUAGCUGUUUUAGCUAGACAACUAAAACCCUGCCUAAGCUUAUGGAUGCACCGAUCCAAUAUUUGGAUCGGAUAUUGGCUCCGAUACUGACAAAAGACCUGGAUCAGAUAUCUGAUGAAUAAUGCCGAUCCAGAGUUUCGAUACGGUCUUUUUUUUCUUUUAAUUAAUAUCAUACACAGCAACACAGUGAUUCUGUUCUCUCUAUAUUCUAUGUCUGUCUAUCAUUCUGCACUAAAUGUUUACAUGGAAGUCUUACUUCUUUUUGCUGUGUGCUUAUAAUGUGCAAUUUGUUAUUUGUUAAUAAAUAAUAUUAAGUAAAUUUAUAUCUGUGUUAAUUUGUCACCUUUUUUUUUUAACAAGGCUAAUGUUAAGCCUCAUGCCUUCACUCACAGGGCAAGGUAUACAGUUCAUCCAUUCAACAGUAGUAUUGGAUCAGUAUUAGAUAUCGAACGAUACAUUUAGCCCAGGUAUCGUAUCGCAUUGGAUCAGAAAAAAUGGAUCGGUGCAUCUCUACCUUAGCUCUACUCUGCGUGUGCUUAUGUUAGUUGAGAGUUUUGAUCUGAAAUCAGCGACUGACAUGACACAGACUCUUCUGAUAUUCAGUCUGAUCGUGCCUUUGCAGGGAUGAUUGUUUUCAGCUGUGGUGGAAAUGCGAUGCAUGGACAGAUGUAAAUUGUGAAAAACUUUGCCGAACAAUGUGCAAAGGUAACAGCUAUGUGUAUACUCAUAUUAAACUAGUUGCAACAGACUUGCUACAGAGAUAAAGGAAAAUUAAACCGUAAUCUUCAUGCUUUUUUAUGUUUCCUACACGUACACAUUUUGGUGUACGUGUAGGAAACUGUUUUGGUGCCCUAAAUAAACCUAACAGACCAUAAAACUGAAUGUCCUCGAUGAUUCUUUUUGGAUUUGAUUGAAACUGAAUGGAGUUGCAUCAAAAAUGAGACAUCUUCUUGAGGUUAAAUGCAACUGUAUGCAAGCAACAUUCCCUUGAUUUUACAAACACUCCUUACUGACAUCAGUUUUGUUUUAUCCAAGCGAAAUGCACCUCUAAUAUUGUCUAACCAGUUUAAAUACCAGCAGGUUUCCCUCCCUUACAUAUUAUUACUCCAACUUUCCUUCUCUCCCGUGCAGAUCUGAAUGUAGCGGCAGCCAUGUUGGCCAUGUUCAGCCUGUUCCUCAUGGUGAUGGGGGCCAUCUGUAUCACCAUGUCCCUCAGUAAAGAGAUCCUGUUCUUCCUCAAGCCGGCAUCUGUCUGCUUUAUCAUGUCAGGUCAGUUGUGGAGAAAUACGAGCCAGCUGAACAAAUCUUUUAAAAAUCUUCUGGAUGUUUUUGUCGAACCGUCCACCAUUUCCUCCUCAGGUGUCAUGGUGCUUCUCUCUCUGAUGGUCUUCCAUCAGUCAGUUCUGGCCUUCCUCGCCAGUGACCACACAGUUCCUCUCCACCACGAGCUCGCCUGGUCGGUGUCGUGUAUUGGCUGUGCAGGGGCCGUCCUCAUCGUGGGCGGGAUCCUCUUCCUGCUGCUCGCUCUGCCCUACAGCCCCUGGCAAAGGUGUCUCCCUCACAAGGACAGCAGCAACAGCUAGUGGCCUGGAGGUGGCGUUGCACUUUUUCUGCCCUUUCUGUUCGG